AUGGAUUAUAAAAGGAAUCAUAUACCACGAGAUACUAUAGUCGUCUCACGUAAAUCAAUAUUUGACCAAUUGAAUAAUGUUGAAAUGGAUGAAAUUAAUAUUAAAGAGAAUAUAGAAAAGAGAUUAUUUGAGAGGUUACAAGAAGUUAUAACAAUAGAAGACAUUAACCAUAGAAAAGAUGAUGAUAAUCAAUAUAUGCAAGAAAAUCAGCAGGACAUAUUGUUUCGUCUAUUUGCACGUGAUCCACCGACAAAGAUUUCUCUAGAAUUUAAUGACAUUAAAGAUUAUAACAAACAAGUUGAGAUCCUUAAAGCGAAUGCUAAAAUUCAAAGGGAUGAAGUGAAGAGAUUAGAACAAAUUAUCGAUACGGCGAUAACUUCGUCGGAAGUGAUUAUGCAAUCGAAAAUUCCAUGGGAGCGUAAUUUUGUACAACAUAAAGUGUUACAUGUGCCAUCUGAAGAUCCAAAAAAGUCAUCUAUAAAAAGAACGAACAGGUUAAAUAUUGCAAGGAAAAAUAAAACACAUGGCGGAAUUUGCCCGGGUUGGCCGAGAGGUGGUAAAGGUUAUGCUUAUGGAUGGAGAGUUAAUAGUAAAUUUAAAAUUAAAAUUAAAAGCCGUGAUCUUAAAGUUCGUAAACGGGAAAUAUAUACUAAAAAAGGAAUCGGAGAAGAAUUUAGUCGAGUAUUAUAA